AUGAAGGGCGUUCAGCAAUUCGUUAGAUGGGAAAAGAUUGCCCAGAGAUAUGUUGGUCCAAUCAGGAUUAUUAAGCAUGUUAUAGCUAUUUCUUAUGGAUUAGAUCUUCCAACAUCUUUGUCAAGUGUAUACGAUGUCUUUCAUGUUUCGAUGCUCAAGAAGCAUUUGCGCGACGAGGAGCAGCAAAGAGUGAUUGAUGCACUAAAGAUUGAGAUCAAGGAUGAUUUGACUACCAUAGAGAUUCUGGUUUGUAUUCUUGCUAGAGAGGCUAAAAAGAUUAGAAACAAAGUUAUUCCAUUAGUGUAA